AUGGACUACCACUCGGCCGUCCUGGCCCACCCCGAGUUCCUCGCCCUCAUGCAGGACACGACCCGGCUGCCGAGCGACCUCGACACCCUCAAGACGUGGUACUUCACCCGCCUCGCUUCCGACGCCGACCGCCUCGCCCUCCUCGGUGUCUACAACACGCUCGUCUUCGACCUCGGCGUCCACUACCGCAAGGUCCACCUGUGGCUGACGAACCUCAAGCUGCACGCCGGCAUCCAGCAGGCCCUCGAGGCCGAGCCCUCGCGCGUCCCUGAGGCGCGCCGGGCCUGGUUCGCUGAGCACGGGCAAUCUGUCUUCCGCUGCGACCGCUUCGGCCACGACACGCCCGUCUUCCGCUUCGAGGCGCUCGAGAACCGGAAGAAGUGGCCGGCCGAGUGGAAGGGCAUGCGCAAGGAGGACAUCGAGCUGGCCAUCGACGCCACAGAGGGCGGCAUGACCACCGGGUUCCAGAGCGAGGCCGAGUGGGAGCUGUGGCUCGUCGAGAUGGCGCGCCGGUGGAAGAACGGGGAGACCUACCUGCAUUCCUAG